AUGCCAAGCGAUGGGCCUAUCGAAUUUCAUGCGGUUUCGGACAAAGUGGAUGGUGGCGAUGUCGUGGACCAUCAAAUGUCCUUGACCCGCGCGCAGUUUACCCUUAUAUUGGACGUGUUGGCCGAGAAUAUCUGCUACACGGGACGAUCUGGGUCACAAACGACAGGCUCAGCUCCAGCUCGCGAGCCAGCCCCGACAGGCGGAAAUGCACGCCCAAAGAGUCGGGGCUUUCGCUUUUCCUGGAGGUGGCCUGGCGAGCUGAAAUUUCACGUGUCCUUUACAGAGGCAGUACCUUUGGCAUGUCUUCGGCUGCGCGACGGAAUGCUCGGAUUUAGCAGUUCACCCGCCGGGACGGUCUACGAAUGGAGAAGUGCGAAGCUAGCAGUGGUUGACUUGCGGACACGCUCCAAGAACGUGGUGAAGACACUGCUGGAGUGCGUGGAUACAGAUAAUGAAGGUGUUCUCGGCUUCAAGGUGGAAGUCAACGUACCAGUGGACACGGACACAUUGGCUGUGAUCCAACUGCAGCACCCGAGAAUGCACGUGCUCCCCCAACUAGUCAUGGACUUGGUUACGGCAGGCCUUUCUGCCUGGCAGCACUGCACAUUUCGCAAUGACCGGGCAUUGCCCAGCACAACACAGCAGAGGGGCUAUCCUUCUGCCGGUGAUACGAAAGUUACCGACAAGCGAGGCACUCGAGUGCAGGUCAACUUUCUUGAUGGCUCCUUCGCCAUUGCAGAGAAGUGGGCUGAGCCGACAGAGCACUUCGAGUUCGCUGGAAGUGUCUUGAUACACAUCCUCGUGCAUGCUGAGGGCAUUCGCAUCGAGCGCUUCGACCUCGAAAGUGGUGCAUUGCGACUGCGGUCUGCCAGGAGAAGUCCCACGACCCUGUGCCCAUGUUUGGAGUGGUCGGUGCGCGGAGAUCAGUGCCGUGUUGAUGAUGGUGCCCGCAUGAAGAGACACACAACAUAUGAUCUGCGUUCUGUCAUCAUACCGCCAUACGCGAUUCGGAUGUCUGCGCGAGAUCAUCGGGCCAUGGCCAACUCGUUGCUGGAGCUUUUCAGCAUGGAUGCAGAGUCUGCCGAGCCGGCUUCCGAAACGCGGAGUCGAGACCCCUUGGCCUUACAAUUGGUUGAGAAUCGCUUGACCUUGGUGGCCGAAGUGGCCAUCGAGGGUGCAGAGGUCCAAGUCCUUGGUGAGGAAGGGGGCAAUGAGUGGCCGGGCCUGUGUGCUAACGCUCGGUGCCAGCUGCUGCAGCUGACGGUGGACAACCGACAAGGUUCAGCACCAACCAUCAACCUUUUUGGCAAAGAGCUGGAAGUGGACAUCAGCUCACGCAACCACAGGCUUGGUCUUUGGGAACCAGUCCUUCCUCGGUGUGGCCUGCGCUUCUCUUACCACACACAGCGCAAGCCGGAUGGAGGGCCUCGUGAUGUCGUGGUUCGUGCAGAUGUUUCAGCCCUCAAACCUGUCGAAUUGGUGAUCAGUGCCCCAUUUGUACAUCUGGCGAGCCGGGUUUUCAAAGAGAGUGUCGAGGACAUGCAGUAUGGGCAUUUGCUGGCUGGCGUCAAUAUCUCCGGUCUGACAUGCCUGGUCAGAGUCGAAAGUGCAGACAGCCCAGAGGGCGCGGUGCUGCCAUCGUGCGCGGAGGCACAGCCAUUGGACAGCCUGCUGAAGGGCCGUGGCCGUGUUGCUUCGGGGGCGCAGCCCUUCUUGGAGCUUCGUUUGCCGGAUCACCCCGAUGCGGAGCCAUGCCGGCUGCAGUACGGACGAGAGGUGGAUGUCACAUGGGACACGAAGACAGCAGGCUUCCUCAUGUGCCGACUUGUCAUGCCAAGACCUCCACAGCUGGUCUUGCUCAUCACCUCCACCGUGUGUGUUUGGAACAAAACGCCUGCAGACUUGGAGAUACGCUUUCUGGCCCCAGGUCUUCCUGAGGAGACCGCGGAGAAGGGAUUCAACCCCAUCGUCCCCCAGUCCACUCACAUCUGCACUGAUGCGCGGCUGUUGGCAGAGGGUGUGUCUCCACAGACUUGCGUUUCUGCAGAAGCACCUGCGGCAUCAGUUUCCGAAGACAUUCCACAAGGAAGCGAGGGCAGCGAGGGUGCAGUGCGCCUCAGAGCGGGGGAAUUGCUCUCAGCUCCUCUUUCGGCACAGCUCCGCAUGGGCCAGGCAGUUCUGCAGAUCCGCCCGGCUUUUGAAGCUGGAGGCGGCGUCGCUUACAACUGGUCUGAGCAGUUCUUCGCAGUUCCAGUGGCCAACCCCAAUGACACCACGCUUUGUUCCGCUCCGCCCCCGCAUAUGCAGGAUGUGCUCCCACAGAACUGGCUCUCACUUCGGACCAGCUGCGGGGGUGUGCUCCCGCAAGAAGGAUGGUGCAACGUCGAGGUUUAUGCGCCUUUCACGGUUGUCAACGCCUGUCCCUGCGAUGUGCUAUGCCAGUUCAACCCGCCGGUCGCACGAAGGAAAAUGGGCAAGGAGCGCGAGAAGGUGCCAGUGUCCGGCACCAAGCCCAAAAUUGAGCUCAUCGUUGAUGAUGGCUUUGGAAAUGAGGUGCUGGUACCAAGGAACGGCCAAAUCGAGAUCAUGCCGGUUCGUCUUGAUGAUGAUAACUGCCUCAGGUGGACAUGCAAUGGACAGGAAGGCCGCACAAAGCUACGAUGGCAAAACAUUAACGCCGUGGUCGCUGUUCUCAACUGCAGGAAGAGUGAGGUGGAAGUGGAAUUCCAUUGUCUUGAAGCCAAGAUGAAUGCGCAUGACCCAAAAGUGCCACAGCUGCGGAUUGCACCACAGAGCAUGCUUCCUGCCUUCGAGUUUGUGGCUGAGGACUUGAGCGUGUCUUUCGCAGUGCGGGACAUUCACGGGCACGCCAGCUCAUGGUCGUUGCCGUUGCGAGCAGUGCAGCAACGGACUUCUUCCACUGAAGUGGUGCAGCUCGAAUUCAGGGGAAUGUGGAUCAACCUCAAUGCUAUGCGGAACGGCCGAGAAUUGAUCGUCUACACCUCCUGGUGGUUUGUCAACUCCACAGGCCUGGACGUCCGUCUCCUGCAACCCGGAGGGCCUGGCCCCAUGCACCCGGUGGCGGCCUUUGGAAGCAAGGUGUCCAUCCUGCCCGAGAUCCGCAACGAUGCUGGAGACGGCGUUGCCUUCGUUGGACUCAAAUGUCAUGCACCCAUGGAGGCCAACGUGCCGGAUGUUGGUGGAGCAGUCGCUGUGGCUGUGACGCCACUCCAUCCCUGCUGCCUCAGAACGGAAACGGUGGCGCUUCCGGAGGCGAUGCGAGGCGUUCCCAGCUGCCUAGUCAGCCUGCUGCCAGCAAUGAUGCUGUUUAACCACACAGAGAAGCUAGAGGUUGGCUUCAAGCAAUGCGGAUGUCCCUCAGAAACAGCGGUCUGGGUCUCGGCCGGCACCAGUCGGGCACUCUGGUGGACCAGCCUCAGCGACCAGCUCCUUCAGGUGGCUGUGAAACACCAGGGCUCUCGGACCUCGUGGUGCCAGCCCUUUGAGUUGAAGGAGUCCAGAAUAGGUGCUUACCCCGUCACCUUGAAAGCACAGGCGCAGUUGUCUCGCUUCCUGCUCUGCGUGUGCAUCGACUUCGAUGCUGCAAGCUGGGCUGUCACAAUCAAAGACAGCAACUUCUGUCACAUGCUUGUUAACAAGCAUCCUGAUGUUCAGCUGCAUGCCAGCAUGGAAGGAGUUGGCGAGGACCCAGCAUACGCCUUCAGUGUGGCCUUCGGGGAGCAACUGCCUAUCGGGGGCAGAGGACCACCAGCCGGAAAUGUCCCACGGCUCCGCCUGGCAGUGCAGCGCGCAUCAGAUGCUGGUGAGCGCGCUACAGUGCUGGUCGAUCUGAACCGCAGUGGCGUGCGAAAAGUGCCACGGUGGUCUGGCAGUGCUUCCGGCGCACAUUCUGCACAUGCUCAAGCUCAAAAGAGGACAAAAUCCACCCUCCGUGUGAACGCCACCGUGGUCGUUGCCAUACAUGAUCGUGUGGCAGUGGUCACCGUCAUGCCUGACAAGCCGGCUGCUUUCGCCCCGGUGCCACGACAGGUCGAGGACAGUGGUGGAGAAGAAGUGGAGAGCGAAGAUGCAACCGUCCUCAGGACGUUCACGGGCGAGCUGAAGAUCGACACGCUUCGUGUGGGUCUGGUGGUGGAAGGACCAUCCGCAAGCCUGUCGCCUUCAUCCGUUUGGGGUACCGCAGCUGCUCUGGCUUCAUCCGAGCCGAGACGGCGAAAUGAGGUCUUCACGAUAAACUUGCGGGGUGUGGUUGUCAGCGUGGCCCAGACGCCUGACAGAUGCCGCGAUGUGGAUUUUCAGAUCUGGGACAUUCAGGUGGACAUGCAGCAUCCGAGAAAAGAUGUCGUCUUGAAAAGCACCUCGCAGCCUGCGCUUCGCACGUUCUCUCGAAGAGAUGAUGUGCUCGAAAUGGACGUGCAUUUGCGCGAGGUGAAGCUCGCAUUCGGGCACCUGGAGGUCUCUGUGAUGGGUGCAUUGAUGGAUCAAGUACGUCUCCUCAGGCGAAACCUGACAGUGGGAAUCGGUGGCCUCACGUUUGACCAGGUCCUGAUCAGGGCGAAGGGCGCGCUGCAUUUGAGCAAUCCGCAACCUCCGGAUGCUUCGUCAAAGCUUGUGGUCAACAAGCUCGUUGUUGGAGAUGCAAGGGUGGAUGUUUGGUGCCAGCUGCACCUACCUGAUGCGCAUUAUCUCCCAAAGUCUCUUCGUGACACCAUUCAGGUGGUGAGCUUGGGAACUACCCGUCUAGACAUCAAGGGUGCGCAGGUCAAGCUCCCACAGCAGGUACUCUUUAGCGAAAAGAACCCCGCGGAGGGAAACUUCGGCAUUGUAGCGUCCAAAGUUUGGCUGCAGUAUCUUCCGCUGGUCAAAGCUUGCUGGCGGUCAUUGCUUCAGCAUUCCAACAUUUUCUUGGGCGGCCUUUUAAGCCGACACACUUGGAACCCCAGGCAGAGGCGUGAAUGGCGCUUGUCGCCGCCUCUUUGUCACAUAGGUCCUUCAGGCGAGCUUCGCCUGACGGAGACCGGAUAG